CCCUCUGGUUUCCGGUGCCGUCACGGGACAGAGCAGUCGGUGACAGCCCCGAGGGCCCCCGCCCCGCUCCCAUGGCCGAGCCGGACCCCUCUGACCCUCUGGAGACCCAGGCAGGGAAGGUGCACGAGGCUCAGAACUCGGACACAGAUUCUGACACUGAGGGAGGAGCAGCUGGCGGUGGAGAGGCAGAGAUGGACUUCCUGCGGAAUUUCUUCUCCCAGACCCUGGGCCUGGGCUCCCAGAAGGAGCGCCUGCUGGACGAGCUCACCUUGGAGGGGGUGACCCGCUACAUGCAGAGCGAGCGCUGUCGCAAGGUCAUCUGUUUGGUGGGAGCGGGAAUCUCCACGUCCGCAGGCAUCCCUGACUUCCGGUCUCCUACCACCGGCCUCUAUGCCAACCUGGAAAAGUACCAUCUUCCUUACCCAGAGGCCAUCUUUGAGAUAGGCUACUUCAAGAAACACCCAGAACCCUUCUUUGCCCUCGCCAAGGAGCUGUAUCCCGACCAGUUCAAGCCGACCAUCUGCCACUACUUCAUCCGCCUGCUGAAGGAGAAGGGUCUGCUGCUGCGAUGCUACACGCAGAACAUAGACACCCUGGAGCGGGUGGCAGGGCUGGAGCCUGAAGACCUGGUAGAGGCCCAUGGCACCUUCCACACGUCACACUGCAUCAGCCCGCUGUGCCGGCGCGAGUACACGCUGAACUGGAUGAAAGAGAAGAUCUUUUCGGGGACGAUUCCCAAGUGUGAGAAAUGUCAGAGCGUGGUGAAGCCUGAUAUAAUCUUUUUUGGCGAGAACCUCCCAGCACGCUUCUUCUCUUGUAUGCAGUCGGACUUCCUGAAGGCUGACCUCCUCAUCAUCAUGGGCACCUCCCUGCAGGUGCAGCCCUUCGCCUCCCUCAUCAGCAAGGUGUCACUCUCCACCCCACGCCUGCUCAUCAAUAAGGAGAAGACAGGCCAGAUGGACCCCUUCCUGGGAAUGAUGAUAGGCCUUGGAGGUGCGAUGGACUUUGACUCCAAGAAAGCCUACAGGGAUGUGUCCUGGCUGGGGGACUGUGACCAGGGCUGUCUGGCUCUUGCUGACCUCCUUGGAUGGAAGAAAGAGCUAGAGGAUCUGGUCCGGAAGGAGCAUGCCAGAAUAGAUGCCCAGAAAGGGUCGGGGACCCCCAACCCCACCACUGAUGCUUCCCCUGGGAAGUCUCCACCUCCUGCCAAGGAAUCCAGGAGCACAGAGGGAGAGAGGCCCCAGUGAUGGCCCAGCUCCCAAGUAGGACACCCACUCUUCUGGAACAGUGGAGCCCCACAGACUCGGAGUCCUCUAACUCACAGCUCUUGUCUGUGGGGCUCAGUGCAUCCCUUAGUCUCUUAACCUCUUCCUCCCAAAACUGGAGUCCCCAGUGCCCCUCUUUAUUCUUAACACUCUCUAGGGCCCAAACUUGAGGCCUGUCCCUAACAGCCCACCAUCGCUAACUGCCCCAGCAGUAAGGAGCAACAUCCCCUAAUCUCUAACUGCUCCCAGGGGGGUCCAAACUUCUAACUGUCCCAGGACAGUUGGGUUGAGGACCCCCCUCCCCUCCACUUUACUGUUCACAGGGACUAGUGACCAUGUAGUCCAAUUUUAACCUACCUGAUGGGGGAGGAAGGGCCCCCCAAGUCUGCCUCUAGCUCCCAAAAUAGGUGCUUGGCCCUUUCCCUUGGGACCUGCUUUCCAUUGGGGGGAUGGGUAGAAAAUGUUGCUUAUCAUAGAUAAAUUAAAAACAAAGACAAAACCAAGCGACACUUGGA